UUUUAACUUAUUGCACUAGUGCAGCAGUGCAACGAAAAAAAAACAGGCCUAUGAUCACGCCGCUAACCUGUAAUGUGCUCACGAGCACAUUAUAAAUUUUUAAUAAAUAGUUCUGAAUUACUGCAGUACCUAUAUAUUACAAACUUAAUUGAUGGACAGUAUUUUCCUUUCUGACGAGAAUUUUAUGUUCUUAACCCAAUAAGUUGACAAAAUCUUCCUCGACACACGAUUAUGCUCGCGAGCACAUUAUCAAUUUUUAAUAAAUAGUUCUGAAUUACUGCAGUACCUAUAUAUUACAAACUUAUUUAAUUAAUGGAACAGUAUUUUCCUCUCUGACGAGAAUGUUAUAUUCUUAACCCAGCUCGCACCUGUUUUGGAUUACCAAGAGGGAACACCAUGAUUAACGUGAGCGUAAGUCAGCUCGUGAAUCAAGUCGACAAGACCGAUUUUACACUGUACACAGAAUGGGAGGAUACAUGUUUUAAAAUUAUAGUGUUGAGAUCAAGUACAGUACCGUUAAGUGGCGAGAUGCAUGUAGAGAAUGCCAACUACUUUCUAAAUCACUUGGACGAAUCUUUUAAAACAUAUCUGGAGAAAACAAAAGACGCAUUCUCUGGUAAAAAUGCUGACAUACAGUUCUUUUUGCAAGACGAUACAUUCACAUGGAAACAACAAAAUAUCCUCACUCGUGGAAAAAUUGCUGUGCACUCUCUUUCAAAUAUAUUAAUUCUUUCUGACACUUUAAAAAAAUCGUUAGAACUUUAUCAAAAGUGUCAGGAGCAAGCAUUGACACUAGAGAGCGAAAACGAGCGUCUGAACAAAGCUAAUACAAAACUGAUCACAGAUAUAGAAGAAAUGAUAAAUGUAAAAAUUACUAUGGAGAAAGAUCUUUACAUGAAAUUUCUUACACUUUUAAAUACAAAGAAGAAAAAAAUUAGGGAGCUCAAGCAGGCUCUAGAUAAUACCAAAAAAACAACCAAAUCGGUGUACGAUGAAACUACUGAUGAUGAAAGCGAGGAAUCAGAAAUAGAAAGUAAGAAAAUACAUAAUACUGAAUCUUCUAAGACUAUGAAAGACAAGAUGGAUUAUGAAAGUGAACAAGAAGCAACACCAAAGAAAAAUCUUAAGAGAUGUACGAGUUCCUCCUCUAGUGAAGAUACAAGUCCUAAGCCUUCUACAAGUAGAGGCAAUUUAACUUUACAAAAUAUAAACAUUCCUGAUAUAGUAAAAUUCAAACAAAUCCCUAACAGCUCAGAAGAAUCCGAAGAGGAUAUAUUUUCCUAAUAGUAAAGUAAUAUAUUGUAUUUUCUUCCUUAUACUUAAAAGAAAAAAAUUAUGCAAUGUUUUAAAUUA